AUGCCUUCAUUAAAAGCCUAUACACCUUAUGAAACUCUUGCCUUUUGCCAGUCCAUCGCUCGCCAUGGCCUCGAUCCUGCCGCCUUCGAGGAUAUCUCCCUGGCUCUGAAUGCCAACCAGCUGAUUCGCGACGGCCAGACCUACGAUGAAAGUCGACUUACUGCCGUCGCCCUUCAAGGCCUCUGCAAUGACCUACUUCUGGCAGAGAAACAGGCCGAGAUCCCAGUAGUCAACGGCGACAAUGGCACCAGUGCUGUCAAUCCGAAAAAGCGGAAAUUGUCAACAUCACCACCCCCCGCGGAAAAUGAUGGCCUCUCCGACGAGAAACUUUUCCAGACUCUGGUCGAGAAGCUCUAUGCACAGUUUAGAGAGAGGGUCAUCAAGGAGAUUCGGCUGGAUGAAGCGACAUAUGAAAGUCUCCAGGCUGACAUAGUUGACCUGGAAAAACGAGUCAAGGAUGAAGAACGGCAGCAACAACAGGCUCGUGCCUUAGUCGACAAGGCUCAAGCCGACUACGAUCAACAAAAGCGUCUUGAGAGAGAAGCCUCCAAGGCGGUACAGGCUCAAGCAAGUCCCGAUCCUGCUGCAGCACAGCUCCAAGCUGACCUGGCUGCUUCUCGACCGGAUCAGACCACCCCAAAGCCUCUCGCACCCAUUCCCACUCCACCCGAAUCGAAAGCCUCGCCUUCCUCUGCCCAAAGCGCCCAGCAGCAACCUAUUGUGGCAUCCAGGUCGCCGGCUCCGCCAGCUUCGCCGGCACCUAAUGUGCUGGCUGCUAAAUCGUCUGCCGAGCCUGCUUCAAAUCGACCGCCACAACCGCAUUCAGCUGGUGCUGCUGGUCAGCAUCAUUCGCCUGGAGCAUAUCCACGAGCUCUUCCAAUACCAUCGCCCCAGCGUCCUAACUAUGUACCAAUUAAUCAACAACACUUUCAGCCUGGACCUCAAGGACAUCCAGUGCCAGUUUUAUCUCCUCACCCUGGAAUUCCUCACAUGCCUCCACCCACAGAGUUUCCAAACCAGAAACGAUCCGGUUCAGGUUCUGGUCAGGGCAGAGGGUCACCCCUUCCGAUGCCCCCUCAGCAACAAUAUCCUGCAUAUCCUGGCUAUCCUCAGCCCCCGUGGCCUCCACAGAUAGCUCCACAACAUCAAUACCAGCAAUCACCACCAUAUCCAAACCAGCCAUAUUACCCGCCUCCGCCUAAUGCCCGACCAGGAGCUCCGUAUCAAACGCCUCAUCAUCCACAGUAUCAACAGUACCCUCAAAGUGCGCCCAUUCAUUAUCAAGGCCAACCAAAUCCACAUAAGUGGCCUCCACCACCACCCAACCAGCCGUACUAUCCCUAUCCAAAUUCUGCCAAUGUCACACCAGUUCCGCGUUCUGAUUCCCGGCGUUUGCAGUCACGUGGACGCUCUUCCACCCCCUGGAAGAAACGUACGGAACAACAGCAUCACAUCCGAACAUCAUCGCCGAUUCGCCCAGAGAGAGAAGUUAGUCCACUCACAGAUACAGAAUCACCCACACGACCUAGUAAGCCGAGAAGGAAAUCUCCUGUCAAGAAGGAGCAGAAGGGAGAUGAAACCUCGCACGUGGGUCAGGAAGGCUUGGCUCCUAGAGGAAGACAAGCUACAAGUACAACCCCAUCUGCCUUUGCAGCCUCGAGGUCUCAAUCGAUUGCGUCGAGAACUUCUGAAACACAGACGGAGCAGCGGAGAAGAGGCCGGUCAACCCAGAAGAUCAAGGCGGAACCACCAAGCACACCUGCACCCAUAGCUUCUGACUCGGAACAGCAGCAAAGGUCAUCUGGUCGACGAGGCCGGCCCAGGACCACCACUGCUUCAUCCAAGCCAGAAGCGCAACAACCAACUACGACGAAUAAACGGAAGAGGUCUCCAACGCAUGAUUCUGUAACGCCUGUACUCCCUUCACCAGAACGUGAUCUGGUCGCGCACCAAGCAGCGCAUGAUUCAUCUCUUGUGCUCGUAUCGAAAAACUUCACCAAAACGUCAUUGCUACUCUUGAACGAUAUCGUUUCCCAUAAACUUGCAGGGAUUUUUGCCAAACCUUUGUCGGAGCGAGAUGCACCAGGGUAUAAAGACCUUGUAUUACGGCCCCAAGACCUCAAAAGUAUAAAAGCAGCGAUUAGCAAGGGUGGAAAAGCUGUGCAUGCCGCCAUUGAGGCAUUCGAAGACGGAGAAGGGAGUGGUGAAGACACACCCACUGCAAGCACACCUGGAGCAGGGCUGGGGACCCGAGUUGGACCUAUGGGCAAUGGAAUGUAUUCGGUCCAAACCUCAGAAGACCUCGUGCCACCCAAAGGCAUCGUCAACUCCUCACAACUCAAAAUGGAACUGACACGGAUGUUCGCCAAUGCAGUAAUGUUCAACCCACUUUCUAGCUCAGAAAGAGGCUUUGGUCGAUCGCUCCGCUUGAGGAAAAAUGGAGGUGACGUGAUUUUGAAACUCGAGGACAGCGUCGAGACUGACUCGGAGUCAUCAAGCGAAGACUCGGAUGAAUCUCCCAAUACUGAAGGUGGAAUCAUUGCAGAUGCACGCGAGAUGUUUGAAGAUAUGCUUGGCCGCGUUAGCAAAUGGCGAGAGUUGGAAGCGGAGAGAAUAGGCAAUGACGAGUCAAGCGCAACGAAAGGAGCGCAUCCUUCACUGGCGACUCAUGGGAGUGCAUCUGCUAGCGCCAGACAUUCUAGUGUGAGUUCGGCGGUCAAUGAAGACGAAGCAGGUGGUGAGGCAGUUUCGACUCCUGUGGCGACCUCAUUGACAGGCACGGCGAGGAAGAGGCGGCGAAUUGCCGAGACAUGA